CCUCUAAUUAAUGGCGGCUAAGCUUAACACUACAGAGCUUUCCAUAAAUAUGCAACAAAACAAACACAUUUCUCUAACAAAACCCCAAAGUCGCAGCGCCGGUGAAGAAGCCAUGAAAGUCCUCCACCACAGCCACCGCCUCUCCGCCAACCAGUGCGGCUCCGUCGUCACCCAAACCAUCCAGGCGCCGCUGCCGCUUGUCUGGUCCGUCGUCCGGCAAUUCGAGGAGCCGCAGGCCUACAAGCAGUUCGUCAAGAACUGUGGCCUCAGCUCCGGCGACGGCGGCGCCGGCAGCGUGAGGGAGCUGACGGUGGUGUCGGGGCUGCCAGCGGAGCGGAGCAUCGAGCGGCUCGAGCGCCUCGACGACGAGUCGCAUGUGAUGGUGGUGAGCAUAAUCGGCGGCGACCAUAAGCUGGUGAACUAUCGGUCGACGACUACGUUGCAUAAAGAGGAGUGCGGCGGAGAGACGGUGGUGAUGGAGUCGUACGUGGUGGACAUUCCGCCGGACAGCUGCGAAGAGGACACGUGUCUGUUUGCGGAUACUAUAAUUGGAUGCAAUCUCAAAUCCCUAGCAAAGCUUACCGAGAGAAUGGCAUGCAACCAUGUUUCUUCCUAUUUUCCUCAUUCUUUCUUCUAAAAAUACUCUAGUUUUUACUCUCAAAAACAUAAAAAAAAAUACUUUGUUUUUUAAAACUGCUCUAUAUUUUUGAAUAAUUGCUCAAAUAUAACAUAUAUCUAUAUAUAGAAUGCAAUUUCGUUUCGUGUUGAUUUAAUUUCUGUGUGCGCGGCGUUUUUUUUCUUUUCUUUUAAUCUUUUUUGCUUUUGUUUAUGCACUUUUUCGUUAGGUGA